AUGGCGUCUCGCUUGGCAAGAAACGCGGCAGGGCUCGCCCGCCUGCGUCCGACUCUCCUCUCGCGAUCGGCCGUGCCGGCCGUGACGGCGCUGACGAGCGUGCGGGCGUCGUCGACGACGCCGGCCGUGCCGACGGUCGACCCCAAGGUCAAGGCCAAGAGCAUCCUGGACGCGCUGCCGGGCAACUCGCUGAUCAGCAAGUCGGCGAUCCUGUCGUCGGCGGCCGGGCUGUCGAUCUACGCGCUCAGCAACGAGUACUACGUCGUCAACGAGGAGACGGUGGUGGCGUUCUGCCUGCUGUCGGUCUGGACGGCGCUCAUCAAGUUCGGCGGGCCGAUGUACAAGGAGUGGGCCGAGUCGCAGCACGACAAGAUUCUGGGCGUGCUCAACGCGGCCCGGGCGGACCACUCGCAGGCCGUCAAGACCCGCAUCGAGACGGUGCAGGAGAUGUCGGGCGUGAUUGGCAUUACCAAGACGCUCUUUGAGGUGUCCAAGGUCCAGGAAACGGCCAAGCUUGAGGCCCAGGCCUUUGAGCUCGAGCAGAAGACGGCCCUUGCUCACGAGGCCAAGACCGUGCUCGACUCGUGGGUUCGCUACGAAAGCCAGGUCAAGCAGCGCCAGCAGCAGGAGCUCGCCCAGAGCGUCAUUGCCAAGAUCAAGAAGGAGCUCGAGAGCCCCAAGGCCCUGCAGCAGAUCCUGCAGCAGGCCGUUGCUGACGUCGAGAAGAUCGUGGCCUCCCCCAAGGCUUAA